UGAAAGCCUGACCUUCGAUGCCAGUGUUCCCAUCAUAACAAAACCAUAAAAAAAAUUUCAACUAAGUUAUUACUCGAAACAGUCUUUGAGACACCGACAACUUCAGUUUUUGUUCUCUGAGUGAGGAUUUCAGAAGAAUGGUUCUACCAGUUCAUGUCGUCUUCUUCUUCUUCUUCUUGUUUCUUUACCAUGUGCUUUCUCUGUCUUCUGCUUCUUCGGAGUGCCCACGUUCCUUUUACUGUGGAAAUCUGGGCGAGUUUUGGUUCCCUUUCACCACCGCAGAACACAAAGACUGUGGAAUGUUGGCGAUUCAUGGUUGUGAAGACUUUAACUCUACAAAAACUGUGUACUUCUUCAGUGGAAAACAGAAGUUUCCAGUGACGUAUAUAAACAGCUUUCAUAAAAUUGUUUAUGUCAGAGACACAGAUUUACAAAGGCGUUUGGAAAAUAAUAGCUGUGAUGCCUUCUGCUGCAAUAUCACUCUUCCUCCCAGCUCACCUAUGGGCCAAUUUCAGAUCUUCCUAACUAUAACCCUAUACAGAUGUAAUAAUAGUAACCUUCAAGUUAGUCCUCCAAAGCAAUUUCUGAACUACAAAGGAUGUGCCAAGAGUAGGAAUGAGACGAUCUACUUCAGAACUCAAGAUCAAGAUGAUCCUUCACCUUCUUUGGCAGCAUGUCCAAGGGUUAGGCUCCCAGCGAGCCCUGCUAUUUUUCUAUCUGGGGAUCCAUUUAAAUUCAUAACUCCUGAAUUCGUCGUUUAUAUUCAACUUUCUAAUGACUGUCAACGGUGUCUUGAUGGAGGAGGCUUAUGUCGAGUCAAUGGCACGGGAGAAUUUUUCUGUUCCAGAUCCAAAGUGAUGGCAGAUAAAAGGCGGGCUUUGAAGCUGCGAUUGCUUAUUGGUUUUGGAGUGGGAUUAGGGAUCCUUGUACUAACAUUGGCGAUCAUCUUCCGAGGCUGCAAACAGAGGCAGAAAAAUGCUCUGUCCCAUGUUCGACUCCGAUCAAUAAAUCAACACCGGAAUGAACCAGAUCCAGAUAGUGGAAGACUCUUCCUUGGAGUUCCAAUCUUCUCCUACAAAGAACUUCAAGAUGCAACCAACAAUUUUGAUCCCUCCAACAAACUUGGAGAUGGUGGCUUUGGCUCUGUUUACUAUGGGAAGCUUCAAGAUGAGCGUGAAGUUGCAGUGAAACAUCUAUUCCAUCACAACUAUAAGCGAGUAGAACAGUUCAUGACUGAAGUUGAGAUUCUCACUCGUUUGCGUCACAAGAAUCUUGUGUCCCUCUAUGGCUGCACUUCACGUCAAAGCCAUGAGCUCCUCCUUGUCUAUGAAUACAUUCCAAAUGGCACCCUAGCCAGUCACCUUCGUGGUCACUCUGCAAAUCCUACAUUGUUGACUUGGCCUACACGUAUCAAAAUUGCCAUAGAAACUGCAAGUGCUCUAGCUUACCUUCAUGCUUCCGGCAUCAUCCAUCGUGAUGUCAAAACCAACAACAUUCUCCUUGACAACAAUUUUUGUGUUAAGGUUGCUGAUUUUGGACUUUCUAGGUUGUUUCCUGAUGAUGUAUCGCAUGUUUCUACAGCUCCUCAAGGAACACCAGGUUAUCUUGAUCCAGAGUAUCACUUUUGCUUUAGGCUAACAAAUAAAAGCGAUGUGUAUAGCUUUGGGGUUGUGCUCAUGGAAUUGAUAUCUUUAAUGCCGGCAGUUGAUAUGGGACGGAAUAAAGAUGAGAUUACAUUGGCAAAUCUAGCAAUGAGAAAGAUUCAGAGAAGUGAAUUUGAGGAGCUCGUAGAUCCAUGUCUGAGGAUUGAAAAGGAUAGUGAGGUGAAGAAGAAGGUGGUUGCCGUUGGAGAAUUAGCAUUUCAAUGUUUGCAAAUAAAUAAUGAGAUGAGGCCAUCCAUUGAUGAGGUUUUAGAUGUUUUGAGGAAAAUUGAGAGUUGUAAAGAAGAUGAUGAGAAUGCAAGGGAAGACAGUGAAGACGGCGGUGCUGUAAUUUCAAAGAAUGAAGCAGAAAUACAAGCACGACCAGUGACUUCAAUAAACUUUGAUAAGGCGAAGUUGUUCAAAUUACCAUCUUCACCAAACAACAUGAUUGAGAAAUGGAGAAAUGGAAAAGUUGAUCAGGCAAAAUUGUUUAGCGUUUGAUCUCUAAGCUUGUUUGUUAUUCAUGGCCCAUGUCUUGCUGCUUCAUUUGAUGAAUCGCUGCAUGCUACUUCUCAACCUUUCAUGUUAAGAAGCAUGUGAUCAGCAAGAAUUAGAGAGUGAUGAAAAUUUGCAUUAAACAUGAUCUUACUAAAGUUAUGUAUUCAUGCUACCAUCCAUGUUUCUUAA